AUGCUCUGCGCAGGCUCCAUCUGCGAUGAUUUCAGAUUUGGGGGCAAGGAUGGUUUCAUAUAUGGGGUGCGAUGGGUUGGGGAACAGGGAAAGUGGGUUGUUUGCAGGCAGUGGUUGUGA